AUGGAUCUGCAGCAACUACGCAGGAAGUCCAAGGCGUUUCAAACGCAGCCCACCCGAAGUCAUUCGGAAGUCAAGAGCAAGCGUCCGGAGGGUUCCCAGCACCACAAAGGGCGGCGCAAGAGCUCGGUGGCACCCAAGCCAGCCCCGUGCCCAGCUCCACCGGACCCCGCGGCCAUCGUGGCCCAAACCCGGGCCACUGCGAACCGACUGGUCGCUGCCGCAGCCGGGAAAGAUGUCGGGUCACCGACACAUCCCGGCGCGCAUUCCGGCGGAGUUCUCAGCCCAUCCUCCCUUCACGAAUCCCGCCUGCGUGGCUUGGCCGUCGCCGCGGUCGCCUUGACAGUCGUGCUCGCGACCGUCAGCCUGUUAACGCUAGCCCUUUGGCGGCGAAGCGCCAAGACGUCGUCGUCGGCGCCCUGUGACACCCGGGGUUGCCAGGCGUUUGCCGAGGCCUACGGGAAGCGCAUGCGGCGCGACGUGCCGCCCUGCAGCGACUUCGCCGAGUUCGUUUGCGGAGCUUACGCCAGGAAGGACGAGUCCGUCCGGUGGAAGGCUUACGAGGCGUUCCGCAGCGACCUGGUGCUCCCUGCGCACAACGACUCCCUCCUGUCGUACAAGUCGCAGAACACCCGCCAGAAGGCGUGGGUCUUCUACAGGAACUGCGAAGACGUGGUCACGGGGGAUGCCGACAACACCAAGACCGUGCUCGGCAUGAUGAAGGAAGCGAGGCUCGACUGGCCUGCGAGGAACGCUCUCCCGGAUGCCGUGUACAGCAUUCUGUACUUGCAGGCCAAACUGGCCUGGCCGACUCCGCUCGAAUACUCGAUCAAGGAGCUCGACAUCGGCAACGUCCACGUCACCUUCUCACCUUCGGCUGACGUGGAGAAAUACGCGCGCGACCGAAGACGGAGAAUGGACAAGAGGAAGGACCACGCCGACUUCUUCAACGCCCUGGUGCAAGCCUUCGGCAACGAAACGGGGGUCGCCGUCGACGACGACUUCGAAGGGACGAUGCUGUUGGAAAAGGAGCACAUGGAGGCCAUCAGCGGCUCACCCGGCGCUGCCUCGGGCCAGGCGGGAACCGUGAUGUCGGACUCCGGUGGCGGCUUGGCAAAGCGCUGGCACCGCUCUCUCGCAGAGGUGUUUUCCGAGCGACUCUUUUCGGAGAACACGAAGGUCACCUUUGUGGCCACCGACCAAAGGUGGUUCGAGCGCCUGCUCAAGCAUAUCGUGUCCAACGAGUCCAACGCGGUGCUCAUGCUGGGAUGGCGCGCCGCCCAGGAGGCGUCCCAGUACGGUAACCGCGAGCUCGCCCUCAGCUACUACCGCACCGAGCAGCAUCCCCUGGAGAGUUACAUGGUGCACUGCUUCGACCUCUUCUCGGAUCUCAUGGGCCUGGCUUCAAUCAAAGACUACGUGGCCGCGCACUUCACCAAGGAAAUCCGCGAUGACGUGACCCACAUCGCUCAGAUGAUCCGGCGCAUCUUCUUCGAGAAGCUCACCGACAGUGUCUACGAUUGGAAGAACCUGUCGGUGCUCUAUAGCCUGCUGGACAGCUCGCAGUCGCCGUCGCUGAACGAGCAGUUUGUCCUCCUGCCAACCUUGAGCAACAGCUUCCCGGAAAAUCUGCGCCAGAUCAAGGUACUCUUGCGGGACAAGCCGGACCUCGCCGCCGCCAUCUAUGCCCACCACCUGUCCGCGGAGCUGUACAGCAAGAAGACCUACUACUUCCGCGAGCACAAGGACCAUUCCGUGGCCUACGCGAUGCUGCCGCUGGUGCUCAACUUUCCCUACUACGAGCCAGACACCCCGCUGGCAAUCAGGUACGGUACCCUGGGCACGUCUUUGGGAUCACUCACAGCCGAAGUCUUCUUCGCCGAGGCCCAGAAGACAGCCACUCCACCGGCGAUCCCCGCCUUCCUAGAGUGCGCGGCCCACAACGGCGGGAGAGAGCUCGCGGUUCCCAUGGCCGGCAUCAGCAUGGCGUACAAGGUGUUUAUGGAGAAAAUGCGAGAAGCGUCCGGCACCGAGAAGCAACUGCACCUGGCCGGCCUGGAGCACUUGAGCCCGGGACAGUUGUUCUUCUUCGCCACCGUUUACCAACACUGCGGCUCUGCCGAAUUGAGCAUGGGCAACAAGAUGCUCCGGCUGAUCAGUGGCUUCAGCGAGGCCUACGCUUGCGCCAAGGCGAGUCCGAUGCGAGCAGCGAAGUUCUGCAACCAGCUAUAG